GAAUUUACUUCCGGUUUGGGGAUACCAGACUGAGAAUAAUACUUCAAGUCCCCUUUGCAUUCGCGUAUAAUGGAUUUGAAUCACAAGUCAUGCAGCAUUUGUGACAGGCGUCACAUUUCAAAACCGAGUACAGAAUGGUGUUCCGAAUGUAAUCAAGCCCUCUGCACAGAAUGCAGGGAAUAUCAUAGUUUACUGGGCAUUUCUGAGAAUCAUAUGACCAUACCAAUUUCUCACUACGAUGAGCUCCAGACAUCAAUUUUAUCUAUUAGUACCAUGUGUGAUGACCAUACGGAGACAUAUGAGUUGUAUUGUCAAACUCAUGACAAACUUCUUUGUCUCACGUGCAUUGGAGAUCAUUCCGAAUGCAAAGGCAUUAGAUCAAUAAACAAGAUCGCAAAAAACAUAAAGACUUCCGAAUAUUUCGAUGAAGUACGCAUGUCUUUACAAGAUGUAGAUACCAACAUUGAUAAAAUGAUAUCAGAAAUUCUAUCAAAUCAAACUAGUACUAAAGACUGUCCAGGAAAAAUUUUACGACAGAUCUUCGAGAUUCGAGAAAAUAUCAACAAGCACUUAGAUAUGUUGGAGAAACGACUGAAGGAUGAACUUUCUGAACUUGAAAAUGAAGCUGAAAAUGAUAUGCAAAUGACAAUCAAAAGUCUAGAGGAGAAAAAAAUACAGAAUGACCGAAAACGGAAACAGAUGGAUGACAUUACAAAGUACGCGUCAGAUCUACAAACGUUUCUAGGAUUGAGACAAUUAUCUUCUGAAGUAAUCACAGAUGAAGCUUUCCUUAAGUCUUUAUUAUUAGAAGGAAGUGGUGAUAAAGUCGAAAUGUCAAUUAAGGUGGACGAGAAUUUAACUGGUUUUUCAAAUGCCACCAAUAAAUUUGGAUUGGUUGAACUCCGGAAACUUCCGAGUAGCCUCCGUCUUAAAAGUCAAAAGGGUAAACAGGCACAAACGACAGGAAAUACAAAAUCAAUUGAUAAAAUCGUUGUCAAACUCGUUAAAACUAUAAAUACAGAAGGUGAUUUAAUUACGGGAUGUGAUUUUUUACCAGACGGCAAUAUGGUUUUUAGUAACUUCCCAUCAUUCGGAUUUGAUGAUUUCAUAUCUGUAUUUGAAUCGAAUGGAAAACUUUUGAAGACCAUACCAGUAAGACCGAAUUAUGCAUUUGACGUAAUUAGUUUGGAUAAUCAAACUGUUGCCGUUACAUAUCCAACGGAUCGCGAAAGUAGCAUCAUGUUCAUAAAUAUACACAGUAAGAAAAUAACAGCCAUCAAAACUGAACAUAAAUGUUAUAGUGCUACAUUCAAUGACGACAAAGUCCAAUCCAUUUCUCCGCAACAUGGCAUAAUAACUAUUGAUGCCGAAAAUGGAAAAAUAUUGUCAAAAAUUCAAAAGGAUUUACCCUACAGCUCAUCACUUACAACAUUUCAAUCUAAACUUUAUUUUUGCAACCAUAAAUUAAACACUAUCAGGAGGGUAAUUCAGUCUGGACUUUAA